UCGUGCUGUGCUGUUUUGACUUCAGCACGUGAGCCCAUCCGCGGUACAUGGAGUUCCAGCGGGAGCAGCUGAGGGGAGAUGUCCAGGAAAAGAGCCGCAGAGUCGGUGUCCGCGCCCAGUAACACCCCGGAGGGGAAGCGGGCCCGCUGGGGCAUUCUGAUCAGCCAAGGGUCCUGGGCAGAUCGCUCUCCACUCCAUGAUGCUGCCUCUCAGGGUCGCCUGCUGGUCCUGCGCAGGCUGCUGGCUGAGGAAAAUCAUGCAAACAUCCACACCAUCGACCAUGUGACGCCGCUCCAUGAAGCCUGUCUGUCGGGACACGUAGCAUGUGUCAGGGCGUUAUUAAGUGCCGGAGCUAAUGUGAAUGCGGCCACCAUUGAUGGUGCCACCCCUCUGUACAACUGCUGUGCCUCAGGGAGUGUUGGCUGUAUGGAACUGCUGCUGCAGAAUGGAGCACAUGUGCAGACACGUCACACACACUUCCCUUCACCAUUGCACGAAGCCUGCAGGAGAGGUAACAGUGAGUGCGUGGAGUCCCUUCUUUCUCAUGGAGCGGAUCCAGAUUAUCAGGUCCCCCACUUGGGCUCUCCCCUCUAUGUGAGCUGUCUACACCGACACACAGCCUGCUCAAAGAUUCUGUUGGACAGAGGAGCCAAUGUUAAUGCAGGCAGAGGAGAUGAAAGCCCUCUACAUGCAGCCGCCAGACAGGACAGCCCAGACUUGGUGUCAGUUUUACUCGAUCACGGAGCUCAAGUCAAGCUCAGAGAUGCCAACGACCAGCGGCCUGUAGAUCUUGCACCUCCUGGUGGAAAGACACACCAGCUGCUUGUGGCAUUUGAAGUGUCACCGAGGAGUCUCUGCCAGCUGUGUCGUCUCCGGAUCAGGAAUGUGAUUGGGCGAGCCAGGCUCAAGUUGCUUCCUCUCCUCCCUCUUCCUUCACUUCUCACUCAGUACUUGGAGCACUUAUAGAGCAAUGGCGACAUAGGCUGCAUGCCCACGGCAGCAUGUUACCUUCUAUACCUGUCAGUCCAGAUGUAGUGAAUGCAGGUAGCAUUUCCUGCCAGCAUAUCACCAUGGACACAGCUGGAUGCACAUCCUGCACUAGCUUUGUACUCCUGUAAGUGGAGCAGUUUCUGUUGGAAAAUAUUUUCAGAUUGGAUCAUCAUGUGUUAUUGAGGAAACCUUUUUUUAACGGAGAAUGCUUCUCAAAUUGGAGCUUGUUUCUAAUAUGUGUGAAUGAUAAGUGAAAUGCUAAUAACUCAUCUUAGAGACAUUCAGCACAACAGUGCGAUCAGAAGAUUUAGACAUUUGAUUGGAUGCAGUGAACCACUGUUUAUUUAUAGUUUCACCUAGAGAAAGCAAACAGAUUAUUAAAAUGAUUCAGUGUAUAUAGAAUUCAAAUGACAGAUCUUGGCAGCUUGCAAAUUGGACUGUAAAGGUAACCAAUAAACGUUUUGUUUGCUGUUUUAUUGUCGUAUUGAACUUUGGUACACAGCUAUCACACUAAAUAGUAGAAAACAGAUGAUAACAGCUACAACAACAGGUGAUCAAAUACUGAAUGCUAAAUGAUCAGACAAUAUUUAACACACAGAGAUGUAUGUUCAAGUGGAAGGAAAAUGACCACAAUCAGUUCACAGAGGUUGGAGUACCUGCAGACGGAAGCUGGGUGACUUAGUCAUGAGGUGGAGGAUGUGCAGCGGAGCAGGGAGGACUGUUCAUCUGAACAGUGACUCAAAAUGGACCUGAAGCUGGGGGGUCCAAGUUUAUCAUUAAUUAAAGCAGAACCGAUGCUGUU